AUGGCCCUGUCCAAAAAACUGAGGCUCCUGCUCUUCCUGGCGUCCCAGCUGGCUCUGCUGUUCCUCCUGCUCUGCGCGUACAGGGGCGAGGGCGAGGGCGGCGGGCAGCGGGAGCGCGCGCAGCGCGUGCACGUGCUGGUGCUGUCGUCCUGGCGCUCGGGCUCGUCCUUCGUGGGCCAGCUGUUCAGCCAGCACCCGGACGUCUUCUACCUGAUGGAGCCCGCCUGGCACGUGUGGAUGACCUUCACGCAGAGCACGGCGGGGACGCUGCACAUGGCGGUGCGGGACCUGGUGCGCUCCAUCUUCCUGUGCGACAUGGACGUGUUCGACGCCUACCUGGCGCCGGGGCCGCGGGCGCAGUCCAGCCUGUUCCAGUGGGCGGUGAGCCGGGCGCUGUGCUCGCCGCCCGCCUGCGGCGCCUUCCCGCGCGGGGCCAUCAGUAGCGGGUCGGUGUGCAGGCCGCUGUGCGCGCGCCAACCCUUCGCCGCCGUGCGGGAGGCCUGCCGCACCUACAGCCACGUGGUGCUCAAGGAGGUCCGCUUCUUCGACCUGCGGGUGCUGCAGCCGCUGCUCACCGACCCGGCGCUCGACCUGCGCCUGGUGCACCUGGUGCGCGACCCCCGCGCCGUGUUCCGCUCGCGCGAGCACACGGCUGGGGAUCUGAGCAUCGACAGCCGCAUCGUGCUGGGGCCGCGCGGGCAGCAGCUCCGGGGGGAGGAGCAGGCCUACCGCGCCAUGCAGAUCAUCUGCAACAGCCAGCGGGACAUCCUCCGGGCCGCGCAGGCCCUGCCGGAGGCGCUGCGGCGCCGCUACCUGCUCGUGCGCUACGAGGACCUGGCGCGCACGCCCCUGGCCCAGGCCGGCCGGAUGUACGAGUUCGCGGGCCUGGACUUCCUGCCCCACCUCCGGACCUGGGUGCACAACAUCACCCGCGGCCAGGGCCUGGGCCAGAGCGCCUUCCAAACCAACGCCAGGGACGCCGUGAAUGUCUCCCAGGCUUGGCGCUGGUCCCUGCCUUUCGAGAAGGUCUCCCGACUCCAGGAAGUCUGCGGCGACGCCAUGGAUUUGCUGGGCUACCUUCGGGUGGGAUCCAAACAAGAGCAGGCCAACCUGUCCCUGGAAGUCCUCUCCUCCGAGAACCCCUGGACGAAGGUCUCCCGGGAGGGCUGA